AUGGCAGAGCGUCCAGCAGGAGAAGGAGGAGGUGUCAGUCUGCAGGACGUCCUCAGAGGACGGACAGACGGAGCUCAGAGGACCAGCUCCAACAUGAUCCGGGUCUUCAUCAGCUCCACGUUCACAGAUAUGAGCAGUGAGAGGAAAGCUCUGCUGGAGAAAGCUUACCCAGAAGUCCUGUGUUUCUGUCGCAGUCUGGGGCUGGUGUUUGAGGUGGUGGAUCUGCGUUGGGGGAUUCGAAAUGUGACGACUGGAGUUCACGAGUCCUGUGAGAUCUUCCUGCAGGAGAUCGAGACCUGUAAGAGGAUCUCAACCGGACCGGCUUUCAUCGCUCUGCUGGGGAACCGGUAUGGCCACAGGGCUCUUCCCCGCCUUGUCCUGCAGAAACAUUUUGAAGUCCUUUUGUCUAAACUUUCCAAAAACCCUGAAGGCGUCAAACAGCUGAAUCAGUGGUUCUUAAAAGACUGCAAUGCGGUUCCGCCCACCUACGUCCUCCAGCCUAUCACGGCUCACUUCCCCCACUACAGCGACCUCCGACCUGAGAGUGGGCCUAAGCACGACAACGACGUCCUGUCCUGGCGUUUCACAGAAACUCAACUGUUGCAGCUCCUACGAUCCGCCGCCACCGACGCCGAAGCCGCUGGAGACAUCACCGCCGAGCAGGGACAACAGUUCUACACAUCAGGUCAGAGACGUCGCUCACAGUUGGUCCCCUGUUGUCUCAGAGGGUUUGUGACAUCAGUGUCUUCUUCUUCUGUCCACGUCACAGAGCGGGAGCUCGAGCACGGUUUGUGGAAAGACGAUGGCGAACCGUCGGCUCUGCUCUUCGUCCGAGAGAUUCCCCGGCAGAGGGUGAGGGACGGUCCCAAACGUCUCGCCAAGUACAUGGACCUGAAUGCCGAAGGGCUGCUGGACGCUGAAGCUCAGUCACUCCUCACCGGCCUCAAGUCUCGGCUCUACGCCUCAUCACGGAAGAUCCUCAACCUGCACUGUGUGGAGCUCAGCAAGGGGAGUGUCGACCCCAAACGCAAAGAGCACGCUCAGUACCUGGACAGCGUCUGCGAGCAGUUUGUGACGCAGAUGAAGGCCCGGAUCACAGCAGCGGUCGACUCCCCGCCUGAGGGGAGGCGGAGGAAGAUCUGGGGAAACACUGAGGAAGAAAAUGAGGACACGUCAGACUGGGUGGGUGAAGAGGUUGCACAGCAUGUCGCCAUGAGUGCUGAGCUGUGCAGAGGUCUACACGCUAGAGAGGGUCUCCUGGGGAAGCUCUGCCUCGCCAUGUGGGAGUCCACCAACGUGCUUCACGGCCCGCUGGUGGUCCACGGGGCUGCCGGGAUGGGUAAGACGGCUCUGCUGUGCAAACUGGCGCAGGAGAUGCGAAGUGUCCUGGAGGCGGGAUCGGUGGUGGUGAUCAGGCUGCUGUCAGCUCGUCAUCCUCAGAGACCAGACAUCGACCACGUCCUCCGCAGCAUCUGUCUCCAGGUCUGCCUGGCGUGCGGUUUGUCUCCGCCCUCGCCCCUGACGGCCGGCACCCACCUGGAGCUGCUCCGGUUCUUCAGGAACGUCCUCACCCAGGUCUCCCAGCAGGGGAACAGUCUGCUCCUCAUCCUGGACGCUCUGGAUCAGCUGUCAGACCAGAAUCACGCUCACAGACUCCGCUGGCUGCCCACCGACCUCCCGCCCAAUGUCCACCUGGUGGUUUCCAUGGACACCUACAGUGAGGCAUUUGUUAACAUGCGGCUGAAGUUUGAGUCUUUGGGGAGCUUCUUUGAGGUGGAGCGUUUGUCUCGUGAUGAAGGGAAACAGAUCGUGGAGUCAAACAUGCGAGCGUCACAGCGAGCGUUGACCCCCGAGCAGAGCGACGCCGUGCUGCAGAGCUUCGACUCCACCGGCUGUCCCCUCCACCUCAAACUGAUCCUGUCUGCAGCCAGACGCUGGACCUCCUUCACCCCGCUCACAGAGAUACAUCUGGGCGCCAAUGCACAGGAAAUGAUGUCACAGCUCUUCCUGAUGCUGGAGGAGAAACAUGGGAAGGAGCUGGUGGGCGGGGCCUUAGGAUACCUCACUCUGGCAAGGGAAGGUCUGCUGGAGGCUGAGCUACGUGAUGUCAUGUCCCUGGACGAUGAUGUCAUCAGUGAGGUGUAUAGGUACUCGCUCCCUCCAACGCCCUCGUUGAUCCGGCUGCCCCCCCUCCUCUGGGCCCGCCUCAAGCGGGACCUGGAGGACCAUCUGGAGGAGCGGUGGACGGGCGGGGUCGCCGCCGUCGCCUUCAACAACCGGCGCCUGGUGGAGGCGGUUUCAUCGCGCUAUCUGACGUCAGAGCGGCGGGGGCGGAGCCUCAGGAUCAUGGCAGAGUACUUUCUGGGUCGGUGGUCGGGGAAACUGAAGCCUGCAGCUCUGCCGGGUCUGUCACUGCUGCUCUCCGACAGAAAGGUCCCUCCCCAGCCACUGUGGUUUGCUCCAGGAUUGGCUAACGUCAGGAAGCUCCAGGAGUUGCCCUAUCACCUGCUGCAUGCCGGUCUGUGGGAGGAGCUCCAACAUGAGGUCAUUGGCAGCGCUGAGUGGCUGUACUGUAAGAGCAGGGUGUGUGGGGUGUCCAGUGUGAUCCACGACCUGGACCAGUGCUCCCAGUACAUGGACUGCACUGAGACCAGACUGAUCCGAGACACUCUGGUCCUAAUCAAACCCAGCCUGGACUUCUUGGACAAUCACUUUGAUAUGUCUCUGUUCUACACUGAGCUGUUGGCCAGACUCUGCUCCUUGGCCUCGACCUUCCCCUCUGUGAUUGGCCAGCUGUGCAGUCAGUGUGAAGAGUGGCUGCUGACGUGUGCGGAGCCGAUCCUCGUCCCAAAGUGUAGUUUCCUGCAGCAGCCUGGGGGGGCGCUGCAGCACACACUGAGCGGACUGCAGGGAGGUGUUCUCUGUGUGGACGUCAGUGUGGAGGCGGAGCUUCUGGUUGCAGGUUCAGAUGACGGGGUGGUGGCGGUGUGGAGUCUCAGUGACCAGCAGCUUGUCCACACUCUGCUGGGACACACCGGUGCUGUCCUGUCAGUUAAAGUGAUUGACAGCUCGUCUCACUGCCUUUCCUUGGCUGCUGACGGCUCUCUGAGGAGGUGGAGCCUCAUGAACGGCCAGCAGCUGCUCUGCAUCCAGGAGGCUGUACCUGUUGACUCCGCCCCUUCAUCAGUACACCUCCACCUGUCUGAGCAGAGACAGCGGCUCUGUGUUUACACCAUGACUCAGGUGAAGGUGUGGAAGCUGGACGGGGCUGAGCUCUUCAGCAGCAGCAGUGAUGAAGGCUCGCUGGUUCUGGGAGUUCUGGAGGACUCUGUAGUUUCUCUGUCUGACUGUGGUCUGGUCAGAAUAUCUCGUCCUGUUAACGGCACUCAGACUGUGGAGACUCAGCUGGAAAACGCACAGAGGUGUUUUAAUCUUGUCAACUCUGUUACGUUACCAAAACGUGGGAAAGUGUUUGUGGUUACUACAGAAGGCUUCCUCUAUCAGAUUUCCGGGUCGGGCAGACAGACAGCUGUUGAGUUUCCUCUGGUUCCGUCUUUACUUUCUGUUACAGAAGAUGAAAAAAUUCUGAUGGCAGGCGCUGAGCGAACUCUGAGCCUCUUUAACAUCGACAUAGACUCUGUGGACAAGUUCCUUGACCUCCAACAUGAAGACAGCGUCUUGUCGGCCAGCAUCUCUUCGGACGGCAGGCAGCUCGCCUCUGGAGCUGCUGACCAGCUCAUACGAAUCUGGUCGGUGACCACUGGUGCGUUGUUGGACACUCUGUGUGGUUCAGAUGCUCCCGUCACCUCUGUGGUUUUGUAUAAAGGCUUUGUGGUUUCAGCCUCGACAGCCACCAGCUCUAUCCAGCUGUGGAAUCUGAAAUAUGACACCCAACACAAACCCACCGCCCACAUCCCAUCAGGCUGCGCCCAUGUUGCCAUCACCAAAGACACAGAUCAGGUUUUCUUCAUCCGACAGCCGAGCCAGACAGAAGUCAUCAGCUGGAACAACCACACAGGUUCUCUCUCAGAGCGUUUGGCUGUCUCUGCCCAGGUUUGCUGUCUGGAGGUAGCUCAGCACAAACGUUUACUCCUGUGUGGUCUGACCUCCGGCACUGUCCUCAUCUACCCGUUAGCCAUGCCCCAGGAGACACUCUGCAUCCCCCCUCCAGAGAGCCUCUCCAGGGUGCUGUGCAUGGCUGUCAGCUCCCAGGAGAAGCACAUGGCGGUGGCCUACGAGGAUUUGGUGUGUCUGUUCGAGAUCACCACCAGAGACAGCUUUCCCACGGUGGAGGGGCCCCUGGAGAGGUUCCCCCUGUCCCUCCUCCACGCCCCGCUGUCCUCCAUGGCGCUGCUGUCCGACCGCAGGCUGCUGUAUGGAACGAGCUGCGGGGAGGUGAAACUCCAUGAUUUCAUCGGCGGCGGCAGCUCCAGUCUGGAGCCUCAUCGCACCAGAGUGACCUGCGUGACGGCCAGUAACUGGGGGAGUCACGCAAUGGUGGGCUCAGAGGACACUGUGCAAAGGUUGUGGGCCCUGAACCCACUGGCCCUGGAUCACACCAUGGAGUACAAGGGUUUUUUCUUCGAGGGCGUCCUCUCUGCUGCUUUCUCUGACAGCGACCAAUUUGUCUUCACUGGAUCUCAGGACAGAACCGUCAAAGUCUGGGACGUUGCUACAGGGAACCUGUUGUACGUUCAGUUCGUCUACUCACCUGUCGUCAGGAUGGUGACCUACAGGAACGGCUUUGUGGCGUUGACUCAGCAGGGGUCCAUCAUCAGAGAAGUGUUUCGCUGUCCGGACCACAUCAGUCCGGACUACAACCCUCUGACGAACGUCAAGGCCCAGUACCGAGUCACCUCCAGGGAGAAGAAGCGGGACGGCCAGCAGACCUCCGUGUCCGACCUCCAGGACUUUAACCCAGCCCAGUUCAACCUGAACCUCAUGAGCAUGCUCAGAGCCAAACCCUCCUCCACCUGUCUCAUACUGUAGGACGUUUGGGCCCCGGACCUCCAGGGACCUCAAGGUUCUCUGAGGUUUCACGACAAAUUAGGGAACAAAAUAUUUUCAUUGUUAGGAAACGUAUUUGUUUAAUUCUCACUGAGGUUCAUGUACUUGUUAAAUAUAUAACACACACACCAUCUAUUAUCAUGUGAAAAUUAGUGCAAAUGUUUAGUUUUGAUAAAUCAUUGUGAAACCAACUGCUAUUUAUAAUCUGAAAAAUGUAUUAAAACAUCUGUUUAUGUUC